AUACAUCCGCCUUUCACUACUGGUUGUAAACAAACGCAACGUUUGUCUUCUGAAUUAUUUGUCAACUUUUUUUUUUAUGUGUGUGUGGAGUUUUAACGUCAGGACAAUCAGGAUUUAUACGUUCACAGGCUCUGCUGCUCACUAAAAUGGACAACAUCCAGGUUGUUGAGUCUAAACCUCUAGUUGACAGAGAUGUGCUGGGGUUGAGAGAAGCUGUGCUGCAGCUCGUAACAAAGGAGCAUGAUGUGGAGACUCCGUUUGGAAGAGUCCACUGUACUGUGAAGGGGAUUCCAAAGGGUGACCGACCAGUCAUCCUCACCUACCAUGACAUAGGACUGAACCACAAAACGUGCUGGAACACGCUCUUCAACCAUGAGGACAUGCAUGAGAUCAUGCAGCACUUCGCUGUGUGUCACGUUGAAGCCCCCGGGCAGCACGAGGGUGCGCACAGCUUUUCCACUGGGUACGAGUACCCCUCUAUGGAUCAACUCGCCGAAACCCUCCCUCUGGUCUUGAAGCAUUUUGGGCUGAAGAGUGUUAUUGGAAUGGGCAUUGGAGCCGGGGCCUACAUUCUGACUAGAUUUGCUCUGGACUACCCAAACAUGGUAGAAGGCCUGAUGCUGAUCAACAUUAACCCGUGCGCUGAAGGUUGGAUGGACUGGGCUGCUCAUAAGCUCUCUGGACUCACCCAUGAUUUGUCUGGCAUGAUCAUCACACACCUCUUUGGAAAGGAGGAGAUCCACCACAACCAGGAACUGGUCGGAACGUACCGCCACCACAUCAUAAACGACAUGAACCAGUUCAACCUGCAUCUCUUUGUCAAGUCGUACGAAAGUCGAAGGGAUCUGGAGAUUGAGAGGCCGAUCCCUGGAAGCCACGUCAGAACUCUCAAGUGCCCUACUCUGUUGGUGGUUGGUGACAACUCUCCUGCUGUGGAUGCCGUGGUUGAGUGCAACACCAAGCUUGACCCGACAAAAGCCACCCUGCUGAAGAUGGCCGAUUGUGGUGGAAUGCCUCAGGUUGACCAGCCUGCCAAACUGACAGAAGCUUUCAAGUACUUCAUUCAGGGCAUGGGAUACAUGCCUGCAGCAAGCAUGACCCGGCUGGCCCGCUCCCGCACCGCCUCCGGCUCCAGCAUCACCUCUUUCGAAGGCUCCCGCUCCCGCUCCCACACUACCGAGGGAAACCGCAGCCGCAGCCACACGGCUGAACACCAGCGCAGUCGCUCCCACACAGAGGGAUCCCUGGAUGGCAGUGCGGACCAAGCUGUGCUCAAGUCCACCGAAGUGUCCUGUUAGAUAUGCGUUCCCUCUCAUGACACCCAAACCCGUCGCGGUCCUAUCAGUUCGUGCUGCGCUGCCUCUAACUGCAAAACAACUCUCUCUCUCUCACGCGCACAAACACACAUGCUGGCGUAGAGUGGGACAGGGAGACACAGUAAUGCACACGGACACAUAAAACGCACAAUGGACACUCACCUGCAGAUGACAUUUCUGUGCAGGUUAGACGCUGCAAUUUGAGAAGACGUUUUAAAAGAUGGACCCAUUUCUGAAGAGAAGUUCCACAAGCGCUCCCUGGUCAGGUGGUUGGUAUAGUUAGGGGCAACGCAGCAUUUUUGGGGACAUAAAAACAAUGUCAUACAGCUGUGGCUACGUUUACACCAGCUUGUACAUUUAUCUCCGAUCUCAUAUUCAUGAUAAAAUUCACACCUCUGCCCCCCCGCCGGAUCUUCAUUUUUUUUCAUGUAUCAGAGCUUUUUCCAAUAUACCUGACUGUAAAUUGCUGUUUUUUUUUUGUUUUUUUUCCUUCUUCUCACUGGAAUUGAUCACUUAUUUUCUAUGUCAGAAGUGUUGUCAUUUUGUACGUAGGAGCGGUUAUGAACGACAAAGUAUGAGAAUAAACCAAAAUGGCAAUUUGCCUCCAAAAUUAUGCAUUUUUUUUUUUUUUUUAACUGAAGGGACAGACUUAAUUGCAUUUUGCAUAAAGUGAGUGACAGUCCAUUUUUCCAGCAAACCCCCCCCCCCAAAAAAAAACAUUUAAUUCAAUGACAUUUUACCUGUUAACUGGUGAGUCUUUAAGAAUUGUGAAAUCUUAUUUUUACAGCAUUCCAAAGAGCACCAUUUAAAAAAAAAAAAAAAAAAAACAUUAAAAGCUUUUAUAUCUUAAAGGUCAUUAAUAGACUAUAGCUUUAGACAAUUGCUUUAAACCUUUUUUUUUUAUGCUGACUUCUAUGCAAUCAAACAAACUGGAACAAAGAUGUGCCAUGGAACUUCUUUUUUUUUUUUUUUUUUUUUUUUUUUUUUAAUAAUGUGAUGCUCCUUUGCAGUUUUGGCUGAGUGACACAACACAACAGUAGCUGUAGAAUUUACCUGAUAACAUCUGCUCUCAUUUUACUUGCACUACAGCAGCUUUUGCAUUGUAGAACUCAAGACAACUUUGUAAAGAUGUAACUCGCAGCCAUCUAGUGCUACAU